CCUUAUUAACGUGUGCUUUUCAGAUAUCAGAGCUCAGGAGGAACAAGUGAAGGCAACAAAAGUUUAGAGCACAGAGUUGAGAUAUCUGUGGACAUGGAGGAAAAACAGAGCUGUUCGGACACCAAUUUUGCCCCAGACCCAGGGGGGGCUGGAACAACACAAGAUGCCCCAGGUGACCCCAGCGCAGAGGAAAUAAUCAGCAGACAGCUGACUGAACAGGGCCGGUUUGCUUAUGCUGCACUGUGUGGUGUCUCUCUGGGCCAGUUGUUCACUGGACCUGAAAACAGUGUGUUCAGGGACAAGUAUCUGCAGGGCUUGGUCCGCUGGCUGAACCUGGACGAGUCGGUGAUGCCGGUUAUGGGGGCUUUCCUGUCAGGCCUGGGCUUUGAAGGCUCCGACACCUUUCUCUCCAUCCUACAGGCCGAACCACUUCUGGCUUCAGGGGCAACCCCCAUCAUACAGGAUCUGGUGUCUUUUUCUGUCAAAGACGGCCAGUAUGAUGCCAGAUCGAGGGUUCUCAUCCGUCAUGUCAGCUGUCUGCUACGAGUCUUUCCACAGCAGCUGGAGGAGUUCGAGGAAACACUGGGAGAGAGGCUGAGGGAAGCAGGAGAGGAGAGCGAAGAGGAGUCCUCGCUGAGGCUGAGGCGAGAGAGAGGGCGAAAGUUGCGCCGCUAUCUCCUCAUUGGACUAGCCACCGUGGGAGGAGGAACUGUGAUUGGUGUGACAGGUGGGCUGGCAGCCCCCUUAGUGGCAGCAGGGGCCAGUGCUGUGCUGGGGGCAGGAGGGGCUGCUGCUCUGGGCUCAGCCACUGGCAUUGCAAUCAUGGCUUCCCUUUUUGGAGCAGCAGGAGCCGGAUUGACUGGCUAUAAGAUGAAUAAGUGCGUCGGGGCGAUAGAGGAGUUUGAAUUCCUGCCGCUGAGAUCCGGGAAGCAUCUUCACCUGACCAUCGCGGUGACAGGUUGGCUCUGCGGUGGUAAAUACAGUUCGUUCCAGGCCCCGUGGUGCAGCCUGGGCGAGUGCGGGGAACAGUACUGCCUGGUGUGGGAGUCACGUUUCCUCAAGGAUCUGGGCUCAGCCAUGGCCUCUCUGUUGGAUGGGCUGGUCAGCAUGGUGGCCCAGGAGGCGCUCAAGUACACAGUGCUCUCAGGCAUCGUGGCGGCUCUGACGUGGCCUGCGUCUUUGCUGGCAGCAGCCAGCGUCAUUGACAACCCCUGGUGUGUUUGUCUGAACCGCUCAGCUGAAGUGGGGAAACACCUGGCACAGGUUUUGAGAAGCAGACAGCAGGGUAAGCGGCCUGUCAGCCUCAUAGGUUUCAGUCUUGGGGCCAGAGUUAUCUACUACUGUCUUCAGGAGCUUGCAAACGACAAAGGGAGUGAAGGAGUAGUGGAGGAUGUAGUCCUCUUGGGGGCCCCUGUGGACGGCUCUGAAAAGGCCUGGGAGAGAAUUUCCAGGGUAGUGGCUGGAAAGAUAGUCAACGGCUACUGCAGAGGGGACUGGCUCCUGGGGUUCUUGUACCGAAGUUCAUCUGCACAAAUGUCUGUUGCUGGGCUACAGCCAAUCAACAUCCAGGAUCGGCGUAUAAUCAAUGUGGAUCUUUCCUCAGUGGUGAAAGGUCACUUGGACUACAUGCGUCAAAUGGACACCAUCUUGGUGGCAGUAGGUGUUCCCACCAAAGAAGUCCCAGGAGCCUCCUUUGCUCUUCCUCACUUUGUAACAUUUACACAAGGGACAGUGGACAUCCCGGACCAAAUCCCCAAUGAGCAACAAGUGACUGAGACACAAAACCAAGCCGAGGAGGCUGAGACCUGCACAGGAGAAAGUGGAGAUGUGAAAGAGGCGGCAGAGACGGAGGAGAUGGGUGACGGUUGGGAUAUCCCUGAUAUUUCAGACCUGCUGGACUCAUUAAAUGAUGCAGAAUCAGACAGGAACAAUAUACUACAAACUUCUGAGGAGAGUGCAAGUAAUGACAACACAGCAUCUGCUUUAAAUGCCCCGGGUGACGGCGUAGAGGAGGCGGACCCUGAUAAUGAACACAUAUCAUGGAGCUGGGAUGAUACACACUGGACUACAGAGAACACACACGAACAAAGGCAGCCAAACUUGUAAAGAGCAUGUUACUGGACAAGCUGCUUCCCUCUAAAAUCUUGUCUUCUCGAGUUUUUUUUUUUCUCAGCAUCAAAUCUUUAUUGGUGAAAAUAUCCAUUCCAUUCUCAACACACUGACACGCCGAGAGAGAGACGGCUAAAAAGUCAAUGCACACGUAUGACAGCCUCAAGUGAAAAUCUCCAGCUUUGUUUAAUCAUGACAUGUUGUUUUUAGACAAAUGUAUUAAUUCAAUAACAAUUUAAGAUUUUGUAAAUGAUGUA